AAAUGUGAUGCUCUUUUAGCUUCUACUGUACCCUUCUCUUCAAAAUUCCAGGCAGUUUUGACAAAAUUGUUGGACCUUAUCUUCAUCGAUUUUUGCAACUUGGGGAUUUCCUGUUUGAAUCAAAACCCACUGAAAAUCCUCUCAAUUUUGUGAAAAUGGCCGUCACUUUAUACACAUCAUUUACUCGUUCCUCAAUCUCCACUGUUCGUCUUUCCCCAAAACUUUAUUCGCCCGUUAGAACCCAUUUUCAAUUGUCUCCAGGGCUCCGAUUUUCGCCAUUAACGCAUGCUCUGAAGCUUAGAAUCACAAGCACGAGGGGAUUCUGUACUGUUUGCUGUUACAAGAACAAUACCCCUCAAGAAUCUAGUAAAAAAGAUAGUGGGUUAAAUUGGCGAAUAUUGAAAAGGUGGGAUGUGCCAUGGAAUUGGCAAACAAUCUCUUUGACCUCACUUGCAUGUGGAUUGAGUUUUGUUUUGACAGGAUUAAUUGAGGCAGUAGCACUACAAUAUUCAGGGCUUAAUAUUGAAGAGUUAAGUUUGGAUCAGAAGGCAGAAAUUUUGUUAGCUGAUCAAGGCAUUGCAACUAUAGUGGUUCUUGCAGUCCUGUAUAGUCUGACAAAGUCAUUCUCUCCCCUUCCUGAUGACAUAUAUCGCUAUGAUUGGAGGGAACCUUUCAAUCUUGAGAAAGGUUGGCUGUUAUGGGCUGGAAUAGGUCUUGGUGGAGCCCUGGCUGCCAUUGCUGUAACAGGAGUUGCAAUGUCUUUUCUCAACGGUGAGCCUCCACAGAGAGAGACUGAUGCUCUUGUGCGGUUGCUUCCGUUGAUUGGAUCUUCAAGUAUCAGCACUGCCUCCUUGUUGGGGAUCACAGGCAUACUUGCUCCCAUUCUCGAGGAGACUGUCUUUCGAGGAUUUUUUAUGGUGUCCCUGACUAAAUGGUUGCCGACACCACUUUCUGUACUUGUCAGUGCUGCCGUAUUUGCAGCAGCACAUCUCACUCCUGGAGAAUUUCCACAGCUGUUUGUUCUUGGAACUGCUUUGGGAUUUUCUUACGCUCAGACGCGCAACCUGCUAACACCAAUCAUGAUUCAUGCCUCUUGGAACUCGGGAGUUAUCGUGCUUCUCACCUUCCUUCAGCUCCAAGGAUACGAUAUCAAGGAAUUGUUGCAAGCGUACUGAUUCACAUUGGUCGGAGCCUCGCUGAACUAGGUAGGACCUAUUGGUCGGCUGCUUGUGUAACCCUCCAUGAAUAUGGCGAAAAAAGACCAGUCAGAGCCUGUAAUGAUUGUGUUAAACCGAUUUUGUUAUAUACACUCCAAUAAUUCAAGAGUUGUAUAUGUUAUUACUGUUGUAGAAACGUACUGUCGAGACAUACGAAUUUUGUCUUUGCCAAAUUAAUUUAGUUCUUAUGUGUAAUACUAAAAGUUUCUGAUCA